AUGUUGGCAUCUGUUCAACUGUGGAAAUACGUGGUCCUGUUCCUCUUAAUUGGUAUAGUAGCCGCAGUGAUUGUUUAUUUUCUCACUUGUUGGGCUGAAUACUUGGAAAUCGUUGAAAACAAGCAUGUUAUUCGAGAGGAGAUUUACACUUCGGAUGCUCCUGUAUGCCUGGGACUAUCUGUAAGAAGAUUUGGUAAGCCACCUUCAAAAAUAAUUGAGACCACAGCUCGACUGGUGAUGAUCAUCUCCCUUGUCAUGCUCGCCAAGGGUGUGCGACUUGCGUGGAAGAUCUGGCAUGUGAGCAAGUCGACUGUGAAUGAAGAGGAGCUCAAGAAUAAUCCAAUAAAAGUACUAUCCGAGACACUGCAAAAAGAUUUCUUAAGUAGCAUAGCCGACUCAGGACUGGCGUUCUAG